AGUACGAUAUUUGCUUCGUGGUUCUCCGCCUUUCUUUUAAAAGUCUCUCUCUCUCACUAGUGUUUUCCCCUCCCUCCUAUCCCCGGCCUUUCUCCUCGUGUCUUUCCUUGCUUCCUUUCCCUUUCCUUUCGGCUAGUCGCGUAAGGGUUUUUUCUUUUCGACUUCCCAGGCCUCUUAUCAUCUUGAUAUAUAUAUCGAAGCGAAAGAAACAAAAGGGCGUAAAGCGAGACAGUCACGGAAAGAUGGGGUGCAUCUGCGGUUUCUCCUCCUUCGCGGAGGUGUACGUGUACAUGACGUGCAUCUUGCUGGGUAUCUCGAUGCUGAUGCCGGUCAACGCCCUCACUUCCGCCCCGUCGUACGUGAUGAACUACUAUAAGUACGUGACAGGUAACGAGCACGCGACGCCGAACAGUCCGGUGUUUUGGGCGAACAUCCUCACCUUCUACAAUUUGGCUUCUGUCGUGACGCAGGCCAUUUGCGGCCCGACGGUGCUCACGCCGUGGUCGCGGAAGCUUUCCCUGACGCUUCGCUUCACCCUCGCCCUCUCCCUCAUGAUGCUGGAGCUGCUCGUUAUUUUGGUCAUGCCCACCGGGCACGUCUCGCAGACGGGGGCGAUGGUGUCCUUCUUCAUUGUGACCAUCGCCGCCGGCGCCGGCAAGUCCUACGAGGAGGCGACGUGCUACGCGCUCGUCGGGACGAUGCCGCCGAAGUUCAUGUCCGCCAUCAUGUUCGGCUGCGGUCUCUCCGGCGUCAUCGCGUCGAUACUGCAGUGCAUCAUUAAGGCGUCCAUGAAAGACGAUUACGACUCCACGCUGCAUCAGGCGUACAUCUACUUCAGUCUGGCGCUCGCCUUCAUGACGGUGGCCCUCACCAUGGCGUUGUCGCUGCGGUGGAACAGCUACGCGCAGGAGAAGGUCGGCGAGUUCCGCGCUCUCCGGCGGGCGCAGCACCAGCAAGAGGAGGAGGGGACGCAGGAGAAGGAUGCGCAGGCCGUCCGCAACGCCGAGCUGCACGCGCUCGACGAGGGCGUGCGGGAUACGUCAGAUGAGCGCCAGCCCUACUACGGCGAGGCGACCGCGGCUCAGCCCACCGGUGAGGUGUACGGAAACAUCGUGAUGGACGACAAGAACAAGGAGGAGAAGCUGCGCAACAAGGCCGCCGGCAUCGACGGCAGCGACGAGGGCACGGAGGAUGAUGAGGUGCGGGUGGUGCGCGGCGAUGCGGUGGCGGACGGCGACGACGACAGCAGCUUCGAUGACCGCAACCUGACCACGUCGCAGCAGAUGCAGCGCACCAAGGCGUGGCCGGUGAUGAAGAUGAUCUGGCCGGUGAUGCUCGCCUGCUUCAUUAACUUCUUCGUUUCGCUUUUCAUCUUCCCCUCUCUCAUCAUCCCGAUUGACCGCGAAGACAAGUGGUUCGCAACGAUAGCGAUUCUGCUGUACAACUGCGGCGAUGCCAGCGGUCGCUUCUCGUCCUCGCUGCGCUUCCUGUGGCCCUCUCGCAAGGUGCUGCUGAUUGGCUCCUCCUGCCGCUCCAUCUUCAUUCCGCUCACCUUCCUCUGCAUUUACAACUACAUCCCUGGUCACCCGGCCCCGUACGUGUUCAUGGCACUGCUCGGCCUGACAAACGGCUUCUUUGGUGCUUCGGCGAUGGUUCUCGGUCCGAUGGACUCGCGCCUGCGCACGGAAGGCCAGCGCGUCAUGGCUGGCCAGCUGAUGGGCGUGGCGCUGCUCUGCGGUGCGUCGGUGUCCGCCCUGCUGGCCCUGCUGGUGGUCCUCUUCAUCCCCUAA